AUGAUGGCUCCGGAUCCCCGUUUCAACGCCGGUCCCCAAUUACUACGAGGAAUCUGGGCCGAAGCUGGCGUCGCCGUCCUCUUCGUCCUGCUGCGGGUCAUUGCUAAAUUGCGCCUGCGACAAUUCAAGCUAGACGAUAUUGUCAUGAUACUUGCGCUGGCCCUCAUCAUGACCGGCUCUGCACUCGUAACCGUCGGUAUCCACGAUGGCUUCGGCCGCGACCUCGACACGCUCCCGACGCACCGCUGGCCCGCGCUGGUGAUGUACUAUAGUCUUUCCACUGCGUUCUGCAUUGCCGGUGUCUCGCUUGCCCGGUGCGCGUUUAUCCUCUUCCUCAUCCCGCCGCUUAGUUUGCGGAGGCUGUACACGGUUACGUUCUGGGCGAUGCUGGGGUUGGAGAUUGUUAUGAAUGCGAUGAAUAUUGUCUUUAUAUUCCUUCGUUGUCCGAAGAAGGGGGCGAAUUAUUGGCUUGUUGAGGCGGACUGUUGGAGUGUUUUGGUGCAGGAGAAGUAUUCUUAUUUCACGGGUGCCUUCAAUACCUUCGUUGAUCUAUUCCUCGCCGUCUUCCCGAGUGUCAUCUUCUGGACUCUCCGCGUCAAGCUCAAAGUCAAGAUCAGCAUCACUGGCCUUCUAGCAUUGGGGUUAUUCGUUGCCGUCGCAUCCCUUCUCAAAACCCUCGCCCUCCGCGACCUCACCCACCCCUCCUCCAAGCAGACAGCCCAGAUCAACAUCGUCCGCUGGUCGUAUAUAGAGGGUUACCUCGCUACCAUCGCUGCUUCCAUCCCGUGUAUCCGUUCGCUAAUCGUGAGCUGCGUCAAAAAGGUCAUGAGUCGCUCCGUCUCGGAUCCGUUUGAGCUCAGCUCGCCAAGGAAGACGACGAUGGAAUGGAGUUCCGGCUUGAGCGCUAGCCGCAUGCGCGGUUCGGGGCACUACAGGAUGCAUAAGCAGAAGAGUUCGGGGAGUACGGAGAAUAUUCUUGAGACUGGGCAGGUAGGUUGUACGCGGUCUCGUCAGGCGGAUGAGGAUGUUGCCGGUGCUGGUGUGUCGAUGGGGAUUAUGAAGAAGGUGCAUGUUACUGUCUCUGCUGCUGAGCCGACAGCGUCAGAUGAUGGAAUGACAAGAUGGUACUAG